AUGAUCCUAAGGUCCAUAUACGGAGGCAUGCAUAUAGUAGCCAAAGGUGCCUUUGAUGAAGGGAUGAGCACAUCUGUCUUCGUUUUCUACAGGCAUGCAACUGCUAUUCUGUUCAUGGUGCCAGUUGCUUUUGUGCUUGAAAUCCGCAGGAAAACUGCUCCAGCACUGUCAUACAAAGUCUCUCUGAAACUAUUUGUGCAUGCAUUCUUCGGGAUUUCUGGUUCUAUAAACGUAUACAGCAUUGGCCUCAGUUAUGCUUCAGCAACAUCCUCAUCUGCAAUAUCAAACGUUCUGCCAGUAGUAGCUUUCUUUUUUGCGGUUCUUUUGAGGAUUGAGUCUUUGAAUGUGAAGAGAUUCCAAGGAAUUGCAAAACUUACUGGUAUAGUGCUUUGCCUUGCUGGCGUCAUUGAACUUGCAUUUUACCAGGGGCCUGAACUGAAAUCUUUCAACCACCACCGUCUUCUUCACCACAUAAGUAACUCCCAUGCUGAAGUUACUGCUCCUACAGUAAGAAGUUGGUUAUUAGGAAUUUUCCUAAUGACAUUAGGCACUGUAUUUUGGGCUCUUUGGACAGUACUACAGGGGCCUAUGUUGGACGCUUAUCCAUCCAAGCUUCUCAACACAACUCUCCAGAUGGUUUUUGCAGCUACACAGAGCUUCUUCAUUGCCCUUGCGGUCGAGAGAGAUUUUUCACGGUGGAAGCUAAAGCUGGAUAUAAGUCUUAUUGCCGUGCUUUACUCUGGCAUACUUGUUUCAGGAAUUGGAUAUUACAUGCAAGUAUGGGUGAUUGAUAAGAGUGGACCGGUUUUCUUGGCCAUGACAAUGCCGAUAACUCUGCUUGUCACAAUAGUUCUGUCUUCAUUUCUUGGCGAAGCAGUUACCCUGGGAAGUGUCUUAGGUGGAAUCAUCAUGGUUGGAGGUCUCUAUUGUGUUCUUUGGGCAAAGAGAACUGAGCAAGUAGUAGAUGUCAUCAAGGAAGAAACAGCUGCUCCAGUCCAAGCAACACAAGUUUAA